UGUUGUUUUACGUGCGCGUUGACAUUUUGCAGCGCUUUUAAUUUAUUAUUAUUAUUUAAACUUACUAGUUAGGGAGUUGAAUUCGCGUUCGACCUUCGACCGAUUUCGGGCGCCGCAAGUUUGUUGAUUUUUCCAACGAAACCCAUGACAAAAGCGCUGGCAGGACGAUAUAGGAAUUUUUUUGCGAGCGACUGCCCCGUCAGUUUGCAAAAAUAGUAAAAUAGUUAGAGCCAAUUAGGCUUUAGCCCCGGUUAAGUUAAGUUAGAGCGACUAAAACGAUGCACAUGCGACUGCAUUUGGUGCGCUUUAUGUACAUAAAUCUACUGCUGAGCUGCUGUUUCUGGUUGUACGACAAUGUGGCAGCUGCAGAUGCACAUGCACAGACACCAAGUAACGACGAUGGAGAUUCGGGCUCAGUCGAGGUGACUACGGAUGCCGUUCGGAAGACCCACUUAAAUGCGGAAGAACCGGCGGCGCCACCGAAACCGGAGCCUCCGCCCCCGCCACUCGACGAUGGAGCUGCGUUGCCCACUCCAGAUGGUGGCGAACCCACCAUUUCGGCACCCUCCCCGGAGUCGCAAACUGGCAAUCGGCCAAUAUCCGGGGACACGUCAGUGCCCGUGGAGGAACAGCCCGCGGUAGCCGCACAUAGCCAUAGUGAAUAUGUUAGUGAAUUCGAUUUAGCCGCUGAUGGUGACGCCCCCUCAUCCACCGCCCAAGUGCCAAAUAAUCAAUUAAAUUAUAAUAAUCGUAAUAAUGCCGGGAAAGUGCAUAGUUUUAGUGAAUCGCAGCAAUUAGAGCAACCAAAGGAAUUGGAGGAGGAGGGGACACAAUCGCCGGAGCUGCAGCAACAAAAACAACAACAACAAUCGCAGGCGGAAGAAAGCUUUCCUGAGAUCAUUACGGAGCUGCCAACUGUCACUAUUACAGAGCUGCCCCUGGAUCGAGUGAAGAACCGCCUUGAAUCGGUUAUCCUCGAUGAUUCCCAGGUUACAGCGGGCAACCAUAGCGAUGAGGAGCAACAUCAACAGCAGCCACCUCAUCAAGAUCAGCCCAAGAUAAUCCUUGAAGGUGACAAAGAAGUGCCUCAAAAGGACGAGCAAUUGCCGAAGAUAAAUGAUCCCGGAGGAGGCAUCGACCUAGAGGGAUUACCUGCACAGGAUGCAACGCCAGCAGGUGAAAGCAAUGAAACCAGCGAGGAGUUGCAGCCUACAGGAGGAUCAUCUGCAUCCAAUGACACGGAGGCCACAGCGAACCUGACGAGUGCCAACGAGGAGGUGCCCAUGCCUGUGUUCUCCGAAUGGGCGCAAAAGCAAAUGGAGGCUGAGGCCAGCCGAGAGCAGGCCAUGGAGCUGGAGCAGCAAGUGGUGAAUAACUCUGCCCAACGCAGGAACAACACGGGAUCCUCGAGUGGAAAGCCGCCGACACUGAAGCUGCGCUCCAAGAACUACGCCUCUCCGGACUGCGGAGCCAAGAUCAUUGCACACAAUUCCGAGUCCAAGCACACGGAGGCCGUGCUCACCCAAUCCACCGAUGAGUAUAUGCUGAGCACUUGCGGAAGUAGGAUUUGGUUCGUCGUCGAACUAUGCGAGGCCAUUCAGGCGCAGAAGGUGGACGUGGCCAACUAUGAGCUCUUCAGUUCAUCGCCUAAAAACUUUACGGUCGCCGUUUCGAAGCGAUUCCCCACCCGCGAUUGGAGCAAUGUGGGACGCUUUGCGGCGGAGGACAAGCGAACGAUUCAGACCUUCGAACUGCAUCCUCAUUUAUUUGGAAAAUUCGUGCGCGUCGAGAUCACUUCGCACUACGCCAAUGAGCACUUUUGUCCACUUUCGCUGUUCCGAGUGUUCGGCACAUCCGAAUACGAGGCUUUCGAAACGGAAAUUCGGCCCAGCGAUGAUCUGGAUGAUUUCUACGACGACUACGGGGCUCAAGAACAGAAGGCAGCCGUGGGCAGUGGUGGCAACAUCUUUCAAAGCGCCUCGGAUGCGGUGAUGCAGAUGGUUAAGAAGGCAGCCGAGGUGCUGGUGAAACCCACAAAGGCUCUUAAAUGGUCGGCUGACUCGCUGCUCUGCCAAACACCUGCAUUUGAAGCCUACAACUGCAGCAACUGUAAUAGCACCUUGGUGGAGAGGAUCAACAGCCUUCUGUCCUGCCAAUUCCAGCAGCUGCAGCUGCUCCUCAGUCUCACUCGUCUGCGAGCAGAUCUUCUUCAGAGUCGUGUGUGCCAGGAGGAUUUCGGCAUAAGCCUAAUGGGCUCCGAUUCCUCGAGUAAAAUGGGCAAGGAACAGAGCUAUUUCCUCAGCAUGCUGCCAGCGGAACAUGUGGGAGCUAUGUGCAAAUUGAUCCAGGCGGAGCAGAAUGUUACCGAUCAACAGCAGCAAACGAAGACGCCAGCGUUGAAGCAGCAUGUCAGUGCGCCCGAGCAGCUGCAGGAUAAUGCCACGGCCACGGGAGUUCGUCAGGAUUGUGAGAACAUCGAGGGAAGCCAAGCAAGAAGAGCUUCGGAGAAGGAACCUCCUGCAACCCCGAAUUUGGAGGUUAUGGUGGCCGAAUCCAGCCAAGAAGUGCCUUCAGUGGAAGACCCGUCGUCGACCUCAAGUGAAACUUCCUCCACCACGAACUCCACGCCAGCCGAUGUGAAUAUAUUCAAUGUGGCAGCGGAGUCCGAGGAAGUGGUGCUAAAAGUUCAGCUGCCUCCGGAGCCAACUAUGCCAACCACUUUGGAAGCCAGCGACGUGGAGUCCACCACCAACGCUCCAAGCACCAAUGUGCCUUCGUCAUCCAGUGAAGUUCCGCCGAACGGAGAUCUAGCCAUUGAGGAGGGAAAUCCGGCCAAUUGGGAAAGCAUUGACAAUCUACUGACCACCACGGUGGCUUCGAUAACUGCUGGCGGAGGAGCAGCUGCCGCUGCAGCAGCUGUGGUGAACGGAAACGGCAAUCUGGGCAUGGCAGGUGGAGCAAUUGGAGCAGUUGGAUCAGCCACGGGAUCAAGCGUGAAUCUGCAGCAGAAGCUGACGAACGGUGCCCAGUCGGAGAGUGUGUUCAUCAGACUCUCCAAUCGCAUAAAGGCGCUCGAACGGAACAUGUCGCUGUCUGGACAGUACCUGGAGGAGCUCUCGCGGCGCUACAAGAAGCAGGUGGAGGAACUGCAGCAGACGCUAACGCAACAAACGCUCACGGUGCGCCAGCUGGAGGACCAGAGCCGGCGGUAUGUGGAGCAGGAGCAGCUGUACCAGCAGCAGAGCGCGGAGCUGGCCGGCGAGGUGAGGGCUCUGUCCUACCAGGUGCAGGCCUGCAUCCUGGUUAUCAUUAUUGUGGGCACCUGCAUCUUUCUGAUGCUCGUCCUGGGCACCGUCUACUACCGCAAGUUGCGCCGCCAGCAACAGCAGCUGCUGAAGAAGGAUCAGCCGGGCAAUCCACCUGUGGCCACCAAAACCAAGCUGGAUCGCCGCAAGUCCUAUGAACAGAUGCCGAAUCAAACGACGCCCAAGCAACGGCGUCCCAGCGAAGAGGCCAUGCUCAUUCUGAAGGAGUGCGGGGACACCGUCUUGCAGGAGCAGGAUCCUCCGAACAGGCAGCGCAAGAUUUCCGUUUGCUAUGGUAGCAACAAUAAUAUAGCCGCCAAUAUGCUAGGUGUCACCACAAACGGCACAGGGAAUGUCCGGAGUUCCCUGCACAGGCGCAAGGGAGCUAAGCACUCCUGGCACAACAGUCUGGACACAACGGAGACUUCCUGCGGCGAGCAAACGGACAAGUUCUUCGAUGUGGACACCCUUAAGAGCAUAAAACAAAGCUCCGGCAAGGCGGGCAAAAAGAAAUCCCAGCAGCUGGCUCUGAAACGUCAGGAAUCCGCGCCAGCUAGCUUCACGCAGGAUCUGCUCGCCGAGGAACCAGCCACGCAGAGCGACUUCGAUGAGAGCCUGAUGCUGGACAACGAUGAUUUGGCCAACUUUAUACCUACCAGCGAUCUGGCCUACAAUGAGUUCAUGCCCGAGGGACCCUCCGGCUACCAGAUACUGGACACAGUAGACGGAAAGACCGAGAAGGAGCAGGGGACAAAGAAAUCGAGACGCCUGUCCUCGCCGGCAUUCUUCAAGUCGCCAUUUAGCAAGAGCAAAAACAAGGGCUACAGCUUCAAUGGCAUCAAGAACAGCCACUCGGUACACGAGCCCACGUCCUGGGAGUGGUACCGCCUGAAGCGGAGCGAGAAGCACCAGCAGCAGCAACAGGCGAAGCUGGCCAGCAAGAGCUUGCCCAGCGCCAGUUUGGACAGCUCGUCGCUGUCGGAGGUCAAUUUUCCCCUGAACGCCAACACCGCCACGCAGAAUUCCUUCCGGAUACUGGGCGAGGCCAUUCUGUCCUCCGGGGAGGGACGCAUCACCCCGAAUGGGAAUGGCAAUGGCAAUGCAACGCCUGGUGGUCUGGCGAGCAGCAGCAGCGGAAGUGGCAGCGGUGGCAGCACCACCUCAUCCACCACCAAGAAGAAGCAGCGCGCCCUCAACAACCUCUUUCGCAAGGCCUUCGAUUUUUAACUAGAACCCAAACCCAGUGUUUCGAUUUAGUUAACAUUUUUACAUCAGCGUACAUUGUAAUUAAUCGUAUAGAUUCGGAUCGACAUUCGAUACAUUGUUUGUACA